UUGCCGGGACGGGUGCUGGAGCUGGUCUUCUCCUACCUGGAGCUGCGGGAGCUGAGGAGCUGCGCGCUGGUCUGUAAGCUGUGGCACCGCGUCCUGCACGGCGACGAGAACAGCGAGGUGUGGCGCAGCUUGGCGGCCCGCUGCCUGGCGGAGGAGGCCCUGCGCACUGACAUCCUCUGCAACGUGCCCACCUACAAGGGCAAGGUCCGUGCCUUCCACCACGCCUUCAGCACCAACGAUUGCUCACGGAAUGUCUACAUCAAGAAGAACGGCUUCACGCUGCACCGCAACCCCAUUGCCCAGAGCACAGACGGGGCACGGACCAAGAUAGGCUUCAGCGAGGGCCGCCACGCCUGGGAGGUGUGGUGGGAGGGCCCGCUGGGCACUGUGGCCGUCAUCGGCAUCGCCACGAAGCGGGCGGCCAUGCAGUGCCAGGGUUAUGUGGCCCUGCUGGGGAGCGAUGACCAGAGUUGGGGCUGGAACCUGGUGGACAAUAACUUGCUGCAUAAUGGAGAGGUGAACGGCAGUUUCCCCCAGUGCAAUAACGCGCCCAAAUACCAGAUAGGUGAAAGGAUUCGAGUUAUCCUGGACAUGGAAGACAAAACAUUAGCAUUUGAGAGGGGCUAUGAGUUCUUGGGAGUUGCCUUCAGAGGACUGCCAAAAGUUUGCCUGUAUCCAGCAGUGUCUGCUGUGUAUGGUAACACAGAAGUGACUUUGGUCUACCUGGGAAAACCUCUGGAUGGAUGACAUGGAUUGUUUCGUUGGGACAUCGAGAUGUGGAUGACUGGGAGGAGAAAUCUGCAUGUUGGUUAGAGGGAAACGUGUAUUAGAGGAAAAACAAAAAAGUGUGGGUGUGUGUCCAAGAACCAUCGAGGGAAUCACACAGAGUUUUGAAAUGGAGGACCAGCCAUACUUCAGGAAUUGUGUUACAUUUCCUCUUUCUACCAGGCCAGAAAAAUCCUCAGGGUUGCAGUUGGUUGAGUGGGAAGCUGACACAUGCAUGUUGCAACAGAUUUCAUUGUUAAGAUGGCAGUGGGUGACCUCAAAUAUUUAAGAAAGGAUUUGAUACAAAACUGCUUGAGGAAAUUAACCUGAGAUUUGUAAGUAGCGUGUUUUGUGAAAGACUCCCAUUUUAAAACUGCUUGUUCCUUCCCUUCCCUCCUUUGGACCAAUGUGGGUACCGGAGGAGAGCGAGUCUGGUUGGGUUUUAUUUACAAUUUUUAACACACUGAGAAGCAUGGUCUGUCUGGACUGCCCUUCUCCAGUAUAAUGAUACAAAAUGUGUGCAGCUAUUUUUAAGUGUAUUUUAAGGGUUGUAUAUAUAGAACACGUUGAAAAGAACAGUUAAGAGAAAGGGUUUGCUUUAUUCUAACUGGGACAUAAUUUCUUAAUGGGAAAAAAAAACCCCCACUACGUGGCAUCAGAAAAUAUACCUUGGACAGGUAUAUAACGUUCAUGUAAGUGUACUUCUUCUGUUGUAUUGUAAAGCAUUUUGGGAUGCUCUUGUGGAGUAUGGUGCUACAUUGGGUCAUUUUCUGUGAAAGUUUCCAUAGCUUUAGCACAGUUUUGUUCUCUGUAGGAAACGCAAAACAUUUUCCCCAUGAGUUUCCUUUCACCAAAAUUUGCAGUCCCCUUUAGGAAAGGAAGGCUCAACAUAGCCGUGAGCUUGUCUUCCUUUUGACAUCAAAAAUACAAACUUUUAAAGCAUUCUUACACUUUCGAAUCACUGUUGCAAAAUGUUUCAAAAUAAUGAGGAAGAAGCAUUCAGUUUCUGAAUCCAGACCUUGUUUUCAGCUUAAAUGGCUUUAUAGGGCUGUAAGACUUGGCUGAACCUUUCUUUAAAUAAAAUCCCCCAGUACCCAAGUAUUCACCUGCCCCUGGUGAGUAAAACUCUCACCAGCCCUUUGAUGGGGUUCUGGAUCAGGUUCAGCGUUCAGGCUUUUUUCACUUGUACCGGUUUUCUAAAGACCCAUGUAUAAACCCCCCUGGUGUGUCGGCAUGCUGGCAUACGCAGGCUGGGGUGGCUGUGAGGCUGAGAGGUGUAGUAAGGAGGGACUUUCUGGUGAAACCGCUUUCCUCUGAGGUUGAAAGGUCUGUAGGGAGCCCCAGAAGGGCUUCUUUUAAUAGGGCAUUAAAACCUGUAAGCCCUGCGUCUAGCUCCUGGCUCUUGUUUCUUGUUGGUUGGUGUUUCCCAGAGCUGUCUGAACUAUUUCAGAGCUGGGCAUGCUUUUCAGAGAGGGAGAAGGAAGUGUUUAUACAACCUCUUUUUGCUUUCUUUGCGCUAGAGAAUGUGAAUUGCUUAAUAUUGGACACUGGCAAUUCUCUGAGCAUGGAAGAGAGGAAUUCCUCUUAGGCUGUUGCUCAUU